AUGCAGAUGAUUUCGAGCAUUGCGCGUUUUAUCCAGAUUCUUUUCAGCAUUGUUGUGCUGGGUCUCUCCAUCACUCUUGCAAGGCAACAGAAGUACGGCAAGGUCCCGUCUCAGACUAGCUACGCUGCUUUCACUGGAGCUCUCGGUAUCAUUGCUUCAGUAGUUGGUAUUGUCUCCCUUCUUGUCGAUAGCCUAAGGGGUGUCAUUACAUGGGUUCUUGAUGGUGUAACCGGUAUUGCUCUUUUAGCCGCCGGCGUCGCUUUCUCAGUGGCCCUUAAGGGUGUUGACUGCAAUAACACUUCUACUGAUGGACCUACUUGGGAUAACCCUCUCAUCAGCGGAGGCUGCUACGAAGACAAGGACAUCAAAUGGUGUUCUGACAAGCACAAGGUCCAUAGCCGCUGCGUGACUGCUGAGGCUGAUGCUGCAUUUAUGUUCCUGGCAUUCCUUGCUUGUAUUGGUGUGCUGGUCAUCUCUUUCCUUUUCCGCCGUAACUAG